AUCCAAGAUGAGCUGUUUCGUAGUUCCGGUUUACAGGUGUCCUCAGGUUGCAUAUGUUACUUUAAGAGUUGUGAUGUUUUGAUGAAGAAACUGCAUAUUUAUAGGUAGUAGUAUAAAUUUAGAGUGAAGGGAGAUGGCGGCUGUUACGGAAAUCACUCAUGGCCAGCCAUUUUUCGUGACAGACGAUGCAGUUGCUGGAUUUCAGGGAGAUUCUUCAGGUAGAACCAACUUGGUAAAUGAAGACGAUGGCCCAGCGAGUCACCCGUCAGCGAUGCAGGGCAUUAAUAGUGCGGUACGAUCUCCCGUCCAUACGGAGAUAUCGCCCUUACAGAGAGCAGCUGAAACCUUGCUGGACCCUUCCAGACCACAAUCCAGCCCGGCUAAGGAAGGCAAAGGGUUAAAAGUGAUAGUUGGAUCCUCCAUAUCGUUUGCAGUCGUCAUCACUCUGGCUUUAAUUCUACAGAUUUACCUUGGGGCCCCUCAGGUCCCACCACAUGGAGUUGUAACGUCAGAUAACCCAGUGUGCUCUCAGAUUGGAGUGAACAUCAUGCAGAGAGGCGGAACAGCUGUGGAUGCCGCCAUAGCUGCCAUGUUUUGUCUUGGUGUUGUACAUCCCCAUAAUUCGGGCCUAGGAGGAGGAGGCGUCAUGUUGGUACAUAGUCACAUGACCAUGAAGAGUGACGUCUUCAACUUCCUGUCAUCUGCUCCUUCAGCGGCCACAGGGGAUAUGCUCAACAACAAUUCCACCAAGGGUAAAUUUGUGGCAGUGCCUGGAGAAUUAAAGGGACUCAGACAGGCUUAUGAUACAUAUGGAAGCCUGCCCUGGGCUGACUUGGUGAAACCUGCAGCGGAUUUGGCUAGAAAUGGUUUCAAAGUUUCUAAGGACUUGGCGCAUGUUUUAAAUACUCACCUUUCUCUGAAUGAAGACUUUGAUGCCGAAUUUAAAAAGACUUUCACCAAUAGCAGUAGUGGGGUGCCGUAUAAAGAAGGAGAUACCAUGAGAUUGGAGAACCUGGCCAAUACUUUGGAUAUUAUAGCCAGCCAAGGAGAAGGUGCUUUAUAUGGAGGAUCACUGGGAAAUGAUAUUAUUGGGAAGCUACAAAGCUAUAAUGGUAUCAUAACUACAGAAGAUCUAACCCAGUACAGUGUGAGCCAAGAACAACCCCUAGAGAUGGCAUAUGGCGGGUACAGAGUCUGGAGCAGUGCAGCCCCCACUGCUGGCCCCGUACUACUGUACAUGUUGAAUAUACUGAGCCAGUUUGAGAUGACAGCCAAAGAUUUCAACACAACUCUUAUGUACCAUAGAUUGGCUGAGACUUUCAAGUUUGGCUACAACAAGAUGUCGCAACUGGGAGACAGCAAUAAAGAAACUGUAGAGAAGGUGGUACAAGAAAUGUUUAAUUCUUCUGCUGCAAACCUGACAAGGUAUACUAUCAAAGACUCGGGAGUUUUACCCAGUGCGGCAGACUAUGGCACAGCUAACACCCUGAAGGUCAUGACAGGAGGAUCGCAUGUGUCUGUGUUUGGUCCUAAAGAACAAAUGGUCUCUGUUACGGGAUGUCUGGGGCAGUGGUUUGGCAGUAAAAUCAUGACUUCUUCUGGCAUAAUUCUCAAUGCAGGAAUGUCAGCAUUUUCAUCACAAACUGACAGCAAACCCAACCCUAACAAUGUUGUUGCACCAAACAUGAGACCUCUGACUGGUAUGGCUCCAGCCGUGUUCUACUCUCAUGAUAAGCCCUGCAGCUUACGAGCAACUUUUGGUGGGACUAAUGGCACGGAGACAGUGGCAGGAUUGGUCCAAGCCCUGCUGAACUUGGUGACAUUCAGCCAAGAUAUCAAAACUUCCAUACAAUUGCCACGUCUCUGCCUGGACCACUACAGCAGUUCUGUAAGCCAGGCUGACAUUGAUGUAGAAGGCGGUUUUCCAGCCUCAAUCCAGAGUGAACUUGAAAGCAAAGGUCACACCAUAGCGACGUGGCCAGAGCCUCUGAAUUUCGUCCAGUUUGCGUCCAAGUUCAACGAAGACUUUGCAGCAUCAGCUGAUCAAAGAAAUGGCGGUGCCUCAGCGCAUUUUUGAUUUGGAUGUUGGAUUUUUUUAGCUUAAUAAUUUAUUUGAAAAGGGAUUGCAAAAGAUUGUGAAAAAUUGUUGUAGAAAUGUUUUUGUUGUUGUAAAAAUAAUGAAAAGAUGGUGUAAAAAGUGGUGUUUAUAUCAUGUCUAACUUAAACUGGAAAUUGACUAAAUUGCAUCAUUAAACGUCAUCAGGCUAUUUAGACAAGUCCUGUUUUAGUUGCAGUGAGCAGUAGUGUAUGGUUUUGAAUUAAACAUUCCAUUUGUUCCAUUUGUUACUUACUAUAAUUACCUAUAAUAAUAGGUGUUAUGAACCUCAGACACUCUACUAUUGAAUAUAUGUUUACUUAAAUAGAAAUAUCAAUUAACUAGAGUUUAAAAGAUAACCAACUUACUCAGUUGUUGAAGUCCAUGAUAUAGAAACUUUCAAGUCAGCAGAAUUUGACCAAUUUAUACGUUGACUUUGAAAUCAAUGUGGAUAUUUUCCCUGACUAAAAAGCUUCAUGUAAUUAUUUAUGAAUAUUUGACGUGUCUGUGUUUUAAAAUGUGUAAUCAUCAUGAAUGGAGUAUUAAGGAUAUUAUUUGUGUUAAAAAUGAUCAGGACCAAUCAGGUUUCUUUCACUGGCACUUAAUUAGUUAAAAUACAGGAUUAUUUUAAUUAAUAUCAAGUUGGUCAUGAGAUUCUGAACAUACACUGGGGAAGUUUUUAAUGAGACAUUCCAGAUUAUGUAUUAGUUUUUACAUUGUUUGAUUUUUCCUUUUGAGGGCACAUUUUCAUUAUAAUUUUCUUAAUUUAAAGUUUAUUCUUCAGUAAGUCCAUUAUUUAUAGAAAUUAUGUAAACUUGGGUAUACACAUGACAAAGAGAUGUCAUGUAAAAUCAGGCUGAAAAAACAUACAAGUAGCUAAUUUAUAAGUCACUCUACUAUACUGAUGGAGAUUUAAACUGAUGAAUUAUUGCAGCUAUGACAAAGAUAACGAAUGUAGAACUCAAGAACAAGUUUAAAGAUUGUUAUUUUCUUAAGGGCAUCAGGCAGGGUAUAUUUUAAUCUUUAAGGAAAAGAUGUUAAAAAUGCCUGGAAAACUAUUAUAAUUAUUUUUUGCUUCUUUCACUUUAACAUCCAUUGUAUGUCUUGUUUUUUUUAUUUUUAAAAUUAUUGAUAUUAUUAUUUUUGCAGUAUGACAGCUCAUUUAUGGUUGUGGGUUAUCAAGCCAUAAUUCAAUGUAUUCAUAUAUUUUAAAACCUAGAAUCUCUCUUUUUUGUGAAAGGCAUAAUGUAUAUAGCUUUCGUUAUGACAACAUGCAUAAUCUUAUAAAUAGUGAGCUCUGCUGUCAAACUCAACUUGAGGUGCUUCUAGCCAUUUUCAAAAUUUUGUGUAAUUAUCUGUUAAGGCUAUCAAAUAAUGUUGAGAAAGUAGUGUCUUUGGUGUAUACUUAUUUAAAAUGAUGUGCAAUACUGCUUUAUUCUACACUAACUUGAUGAAAUUGUAUACUUAGCUGUAACAUUUUUUGUCAAAUACUUCAUGUUGUGUAAUAAUUUUUUUCCAUAAUUUUAUGUUGGUGUUUUUGCCUCCCUGUUAAAAAGGCUCUCACUGUUGGAAAAGCCUUAGAUUGGACUUGGACUUAGAUUGAGACUGCUAAUAAUUUUAGCUGACUUAAUUGCAUUUCACAGAGAAUUAAAAAGGAUUCUCAUCUUAUUAUUUUGCUCUAAUAACCAAGCCUGUGAAGCAGUUAUUGAUUGACAUGAGUGUCAGUAAUGAAAAAAGUUUAAGUGGAUAAGUCAGCUACAGUAUAUUUUAAUAAAAACUGUUUGUUAAACUUAUUUAUUCUAUUAAAAGUUUGGUUCUUAGACCAGUAUUGCCAGGUCCACUUAAUGUCAUCGGUUAUCCAAUUUUAAAAGUCUAAGCCCCCAAAAAUUGUGGUGGAGCUCUAGCCUUGUGGCAUACAGUAAUCAUUCGAUCUUUUCAAUGGGAAAAAAUAACUUUCAGAUACAAAAUUUUAUAAUCACAAAAAUUAUAUUUCUAUAUAGCAUAUGUGGUGCUUUUACAGUACAGAAUGGAACUAUAACACCCCAUUUCCAUAGAUUUUUAGAUCGAUCUAUCCCUGUGGGGAGUCUCACUAGAUUACUGUCAGCU